CGAGGUUGUACAAAAUUUGGCGCUAAAACAUUUUUUUGUGAACUAAAGUCAUUCAGCGAAUUACAGUAUCAUGUUUGGCGAGAAGGCGCUCGAGCUUAUUAAGCAGCUAAAAAGAGCUCGGGAUGGGACAUUACCACCUUUCGACGAGGAUGUUAUCAGACAGGCACUUGAGGAAAUGAGGGUGCUUUUCGAAGAAAAUUCAAAAGAAGUGAAUGCAGCCGUGGAUGGAGAACAAGGACUAUUUUCUGGUGUUCAACUCAGGCAUGCCAGUCUUGAGAGAAACAAGCGAUGCAUUUUAGCAUAUAUAUACCAUCGAAUGAUGAAAAUAAGAAAUUUUAGGUGGGAUGUUGGUAGUGUAUUGCCGAACAACAUCAAACUUAAUUUAUGUGAGCAAGAGACUCAAUGGUUUAAUAAGUAUAACAAAUCGAUUGCAAAUUACAUGAAGUCAAUAGGUGGUAUCGGGUUCGAUUUAACACAGCAUCUGAAACCUCCAAAGAUGCUAUAUAUAGAGGUACGUUGUCUAACAGACUAUGGUGAAUUUGAGACUGAUGAUGGAACAGUGAUUCUACUAAAAAAGAACAGCCAGCAUUUCCUUCCCCGAUCCCAAUGUGAACAUCUGAUACGACAAGGCAUUCUGCAGCACUUGAUUUAAUACUUGGAGAUCAUGAAUUACUCUCCAUCUAACAACAAUCAGCUUGCUACCAACUAUUUAUUCGAGGACUUUCUUACCAAAAUGACAAGAAGAUUUGCAUUUAAUUCAGCUUAUUGCAAAAGGACAGUUCCAAUAGACGACAGAACUUUGCUGCUACACCUACAAUCUAAACUUGUAUCUAAUAAAGAUCUUUAUCAGUAGUUAUUCAUGUAAAUCGAAAUUUAUCUUCUUCAUAUAGUUUCUAGAAAGACAAGUGAUCACUUUCAUUUACAAAUACCCAAUUUGUAAUGUAUCGAGUCUCACCUUUUUGAAUUUUACUAUUUGUCUAAUAUCGUUUUUCGUCAAGCCUAGUUGAUUCCAGUAUCUUGAUAGCCAUACUGCAACAUGGUAGUAAAGUAAGCGCGUUUCACUUUGCAGCCUCUCUUCUGUGUCCAGUAUAAAGUAUCGUCUUCGCAGCGGUUUUGGUUCUGCAAAUGUCAUUGAAAUAGCCUUGAUUGCCUCUGAAAGAAAGUUACUGAAACUAUAUGUUUUAUAACUUUCAAAGCUCAAAGGAGUUUGUGUUAAAAUUAUGAAAUGGGAUCUUCUUUUACGUACUGUCUGGCUAUUAUUUUUAUUUCCUUGUUACCUCAUGGGUCAUACGUCGUUUGGAAGUGUUAAAUGUAAAAAAAUAUUGAUUUUACGUUUUCCACUUUUUUUUAUAAUUAUUUGUCUCCACGAACUUUUGCUGUAAAAUUGCUUUUGUUCAGAUACUGCUGUAGAUUAGGUUUUUUAUAACAAAAUUACACUACUUGGAAACUUACGUUGACUCAGCAAAUAAAAAUUCGAUGAAAUUUUGGUAUAAUUGUAAUACCAUGUACUGUAGUAUAUUUGUGCAAUAUUUACUAAAUAGAGCCAACCUCUUUUGUAGCCAAUCCUUUCAAGGCAUCAAAUAACAAUCCGAAAUCAUGCUACUCAAUACCUGAGUUUAAAAUCUGGAUUUUUUGACUUACCUUUGAGUUACUGAAAUAGAUUUGACUUACCGAAAUUAAAAGGACAUGUGCAGCUUUGAAAAGAGUAGCUAUAAACUUAGCAGCUAUUUCAACUAUCUUGUUAUUACUCAACUUUCCUUCUUUCAAGAUCAUCUUUCAAUAUAUGUUUGAUGGUACCUUUUGAAAAUAGUUAACGUUUUCAUUUUCAAAAGUAGAACGAGAAGCUUAGCAACAGUAGAGCUAUUUUCAACCGAAAAACAAGGCAAGCCCUCUAACUUGUAAAACACUUUCACUUUUUUCUUGACGGUAUCUUUGGAAAAUUGUUUACAUCGUCUCCCCCUGUACAUGAAGUUUAGAGUUCUAGCCCCUUUGUCAACCAUGUGACGACGUUGCAACUGUUCAAAAGGGUAGCAAUUUACCCCUCUGGUUCAGUUGUGGGCGCCGUCGACCCAAGUGGUUGCUUCGUAACAAGAGUUUCCUGGGUUUACCAUUAUAAGUAUUGAUAUGAAUAAAAAAGAUAACUAAUUUUUUGCUUCUACUUCAUUGUGACCCCCCCCCCCCCCCCAAACAAAAAGUUGUAUCUCGGUCUUUGGUUGUAUUGCUUUGAAUUUCAACGUCAAAAGCUUAUAAUACAUAAAGACUAGCACAAAAUGUAUGUAAUACUACCUUUAAUCUUCAUAGAUUCUGACCAAUUGAUUCUUGAUCUGAUAUUGUCUGACGCCAUCCCUGCGAAGUGUCCGAAGACGAAUUCCCUCUUUGCCAGAUGGUAUCCACAUGCUAUAGCCUGCAUGUAAGAUCCAUCGGCAAAAGUCCGUUUAAGUUUUAUCAAGACUAACGAUUUGCUGACUUUAAAUUCAAAUAACUUUUGUGCUAUAUGUGCGACGGGUAUGCCCAGUAUUUUGCGCAAAGUGGUAUACUUUUUUCCAGCUUUGAUAAGGGCCAACAUGCAGAGAUGUUGCAGUGUCGUAAAUCUCUUUGCAUUAGAUUGACGUGCUGUCAUGUUGCGUUGUUCUUCCAAGCUGGUCUCUGGUAUGUAUAAAUUAAAAUUCAUCAGUUUGAUAGGCAGUUCUUCUAAUGUCGUAUUAUUUUGGUUGAAAGAAGAAGGAGAUUGCUUUCAAACGGGGGUCGCUGUUGACCCUGAAACUUUAAAUUUCGCACAUUUGGUUUUCCAUUUACUACGUUUAUCGAUAACACCAGCAGGGGCGGAUACAUAGCAAACUUAAAGGAGGGGCAGUUGGUAGUGGAGCGCUGAAAAAUUUUCAAAAAUUGACGACGAGAGAACGCUGUAUACAACAAUUUUCAGAUCCAUUUUCGGAAUAAACAAUAUAACUUUGAAGUAAUCCUUGAAGCAAAUUAGCCUAUCGGUCUCACAAACUUUUUCACCUGAUUCUCAUUCUUCAAAAGGGGCACACAAUUUCCAAAAAGGGGCGCUAUACUUGCUUCAACUCGUCGAGGGAGGGGCAACUGCCCCUAGUUGCCCCCCUUAAAUCCGCCACUGAAGAUCAGGGAGCUCUCCUAAUAGAUUGAAAUCGAUUCUUGUUAUACAAAUACAAUUGUAGUAGGUGGAAAUGGAGAAAGUAUUUUGCAUGUUACCAAGGCUGGGCUCUUUCAAACUGUCUUCUUUAUCUCUUCUCUAACUACAUCUCGUGCUGCUAGGAACAUAAUGCUCUCGUUUCAUAAAGUAUCCUUUAAAAAUGUUCUGCUAUUCGAAUGACGUUUGACUUUCUCUGUGUGGAAAUAUGACUGUAUUGCCAAAGCACGUAAAAUAAGAAUGUUGCAAUUAACUUCUUCAGUCUGAAGAUCUUCGGACCUGUUGCUGACGAGGAAAUAACUUGACGUAAAAAGUGAAAUCUUUCCAUGUAUGUUUUAUUUCUAAAACUAAAAUAGAUUUAUUAACCCUCAGCACCAGGAAAUGAUACUUAAAAACGUACCAACUGAUAUCUAACGUCAGAUCAGAAUGACACUAUAGGUGUUUCAAAGAUGGACUGGCUCUUUCUCAAAGUUGAAUAAGCCUUCUCGCGUCUACUUCACCUAUUUCCUUGUUUUAAUCGUUAAAUGUCCAAGCCAGCUAAACUAUCUCCUUUCAUUCCCUUCAUUAUUUCUUUUUUAAGUAUCAAGCACUAAAUGCUUUUCCAUCUAAUUUUUCGGCUUAAACUUUUUCCCUGUUUAAAUUCUCUAGAAAAUACUCUUUCUCUUCAUUCUGUCCGAACAGUUUUUGCUCUCGCGCCAUUUGUAUAACCAAAUUUUUGUUUUUGUCAGUGAAAGUGGCGAUAAAAGAAUUAUAAGUGAAGAGAACCAUUGCGCGCUGAUGGCAGGAGCCUCCGGUCAUGAAUUCUCUAGUGCACUGAUUUGUGGUAAAAACAUGUCAGCUAACGACAAAUCUUGGUAGCUUAACUUUUGAUUGCAAAAGACGCUUUUUUUGCUAACUUUCCCAGCAUUAUUAAGGCAGGACUUUUAAUCAUUAAUAAAUUAUCGACCACAUCUUCUUUUUACUGCAGAUAUUCAACCUACAUGCAGCUGCAAUCUGAUGUUUAUGUCAUCUUUUUAGACUGUAUCCAUGUUUUCUAAUCCUGCGGUUCCUGAUUUAUCGAUUAUACGAAGCAGCUUGUCCACAUAAGGCACCUCUUUCAUUCGGAAUUGAUCAAAAAGCGAAAUUGAUGUUUAGUCCUUAGCGAUUAAGUUAUAAGUACAUGACUUUAUGAGAUAUGACAAAUGUCAGCAAAUGACGUUACACGAGCUUUAUUCACUAAAAAUUAAGAGCAUGAACUUUCUUGGCAAAUUUCAAGUUUCAUCUCGGGGUUUCUCCUUAAAGUUUAAUUUUAAAGGCUCAUACUUCAAGAUCAAAAUUUUGCCAAUUAUUUACAUGCAUCUUUCAUUAAAGAUAUUAAAAUACUUUGUUUUCCUUGGUAUAAAGUCUAAAUAGCUUGCAUUGAAGGCUAUAGCCAAAUGCAUAACUUUAGCACGGUUAUUCAAGUUAAUAAAGAGUCGUCUUAAGAGCCCAAUAUUGCUUCAUUAAGAAAAAGAUAGAUGACCCAUCUUUAUGAAGCGGCAGUUAGAAUUCACAAGUAACACUCAAAGGUCUUAAAUCGUACUACACUCUUUUUUUAUAAGAACAAGUUUAUAAGAACACGAGCCUCAAAACUUGUCAAAAGUUAAGAACAAAUUAAGAACAAGCUGAGGCUGAGCUUCUUCAAAAUGCAAUUUUAAAUCCUCGGUUUUUCUCAAAACCGAGGAUUUUUAGCGACGUGUGGGUGCUUUUUCGAUGAAUAUUAAAAUGUGUCAGCAAAUUAAGGCUGUCUCACUCAAUUUGUUGGCAAAUGAGGCCUGAACACCUCCUUAGCAAUAGCACUGUUUACACCCUCUUAAUUUAAGAACAAAUUAAGAACAAUCCAGCCUCAGAUUUUUGAAAAAAUUAAAAACAGUCAGCCUGAACUUAAAUUUACUGGUUCUUAUAAAAAAGAAUGUAGUACAAGCCUUCAAGUCAGACAGAAGCACUGAGCGAGCAUGUACUCAAAUUUGCCUUUUUUUCAAAACGUAAUUCAAAACUUUUGCAAUCAUUCAUCUUCAAAGAAACCAGUGUCUUGAUAAUAGGAGAGGGUAUACCCAAACCUACCCAAAUCCGCCGAGACAUCAUUUUUGUGCUACAAUGCUAUUGGUUGACCUUGAACUGGUCACAUCAACCCAUUCCGUACUGAUUUACAAAACAGCUUCCGUUAGGUCAAAAGCAAGUUGUCAGCAACCGAUGUCAAUAUUUAGUAUUGUUUCCUGUCACGUUCCUGUUGCGUUCUCUGUCACAAGUCACAUGUUCUGUUAAGUCAUGUUGUGAACGCUAUCUAUUGUGUAAUUCCACAGUGCAUUUUCUAUUGUUUAGCUGUUUAUUUGUUUUGGUAUUUACGCUUAUAUUCUUAUAAUUAACUGUGUGCAUUAAUAAAUAGCAAGAGAUUUACUAAUCAUUUGAGCAUAAUUAUACUAAUCCUGUCUUUUCCUUGUUUCAAUAAUAAUGCUUUGUGUGCAGGCUAAGUAAUUUCGUAAUUUUGGUGGUUUUGGUAGAAGAAUCGGAAACCUCACUAAACUUGUAUUUUUGAGAUCUACUCUGCCAAAAGAACCAGCAAGAACAUGAGAAGUUCUAAUAUGUAUCUUAAUGGCAAUGUGUUUGUAUGUCAUAGUGUGAUGUUCCUAUUGCCCUGUUAAUUGGCUUCCGUUUAUUAAGCCUGAUUUUUUUACCUGCGAAUUUUUCUCUCGAAUUCGAAGUUCAAUUUACACUGGCAGAAAUUUUUAUGCGAAUUCGCUGCGAGUAUUACAUAAGAAUAUAGCGACUGUCCGAAGAGUGCUCUUAUGGGGGCCUAUUAUAGGUUUGCGGACUCACGGCUUGGACCCGGAUUUAAACAUGGUUUAUCUACGGACUGCGGUUUCAACAAAAGUUGCGUCUUGUGUCUUUCGGUAUAAAUUCGCAACGGUUUAUGGCUUUUAUAAUACGGUUGCGGCUUUUAAAUGAAAUAACGGUCCGCGGCAAGGCUUUUCACUUUACACCAAAGGUUUUGAAAAGAGCUCCAUGUCGAAUAGGAGUAACGUAAGAAUGGACAAGCUACUGUCAGUCAUUGCUGUCAGUUAGAACAAGAGUGGGAGAGGGAAGCAGGGCCGGCCAACAAACAAAUAGGAUCCCCAAGAAAUAUUCGGGAGUUUUAUAUGGUGUCAUAGGGUUCUUUUACACUUAAAACAGUGUACUGGAUGAGAAGGAAUACAAUGAGCAGCCCCCCAAUAUGAAUUUUGUUCCGACGGCACUGAAGGAAUCCUGAUGUGGGUGUUGAAGCAUGCGGUGGAGCCUCCGUUCCGCACGACCCAUGAAACACCAGCUGCAUAAGAAAAGAACAGCUUCAACAGGUUAGUGGACCUUGGACUUGCCUGGAUUAGAAAGCUACAGUGCGUGUUGGGGAAAUAACUGACACAAAGUGACGAACAAAGAGAUUGGCAAAGGGAGGAGAAAAACGUCAUUAGUAUAUAUUUCCUUUACUGUGGGUUAUACGAUCAUUUGGCAAGAGCAUGGCGAAAAGCCGAAGAAGUGGGUGCGAACUUUUCGAUAAGAGUUUUAUCAACGAAGAGAGAAAUGUAUGCAAAGAAAUAUUCGAGUACAUUACCCGACCAGCGUAAUCUGGUGGAUAGUAUUUACUGUUUUGAAGCAAUUGCUUGGUCUUCUCAGGAGUUAGUAGAAAUAUUGGCUUGCUUCCUUGGCUGAAACUUGGCGUGCGUGAAGACGCGCUUUGCGAAAGAGGGUCACAAAAUAGUGAACAGGUAGACAUUCUUUACACGACUCUACAGUAUCUGCAGAAAACUUUAUUCGUUACAAGGGUACUUGUUUGAUCGGCGAGGGAUUGUCGUCAAAUAUCCGUCUAUUCGGUUCUACACGUGUGUCAAAAGCGAUUGGAAACGGCAGAACUUUCAGAGGCAGAAUUCAUAAUUCACACACUUACGUUCUAAAAUUGAUAACAAUAUAUCAGGUGUUCUUCAAAGACCAAUAAACAACGGUUAAAACAAAGUAACAAACGGAUAAGAAACAAACUGAAAAUACGUAUCAAUCUAGAAUUUGCCAAACUUGGACAGCACUUUUAGCAUUUUAUCGAUGCUGCAUGUUUGCGUGUAUCAUUCUUUAAAAAUAGAAGAGAUAAGCAGUACAUUGCCCCGUCUUAAUAAACUGCAGGUAGGUAGUGUCUGCGAAUGCCUAAUUAAGAAUUAGGGUGAGUGUUUGGAUCAAUAGGUGCAUUGUUCGAAACUUAGAUGGCUACCAGCCUAACGCCCAGGGGCGAGUACACAAUACUUACCCGCCAGCCCAACACGCAAGGUACAAUGGUCUCUAGUUUGUAUUCGCUAUGCAUUAAUCGCAUAAAGCGCUCUCGUAACUGGGAACACUGCAUUUUAUCAACCCCCGUAAAAGCAAUAAGGUUUGACUUGCUAACCAUGGAUAUGCAUAGAAACCCUGUAAUAGUUAUUGCAACACAUUACAACAUGUCCGAUGGAGAGAUAGCGACAGGUCUUAACUGCGGGUACCAUGUAUUUAAGCAACGGUUCCUUAUUGGCUCCUUCGAGGCUUGCGUGUAUUCUGAACCGCGUGACCAUACACAAUGGUUUUGCAGCCUCUCAAUUCAGCAGGUUGUUGUUGGUGAGGUGGAGGGAAAUUUGAGUAAUGCUUUAGAAACAGCCAAUGGAAAACUAGAAGAGAAAGGCAUUAGGCUGUGUUUGCAGAGCAUAAAUGCAUGGGUAGAGAAGCACAAUGUCCCAUUAAAAGGUCUUGUUUAGUAGACUUGUGCUUGCGCAAAAAUAACCUGCUAUUACCAUUAAUUGAAAAUGUACAUCUGUGUUAAGUUUUAUCUUCAGUCUGGUGUUGUUAAGAGUCCAACCCAUUAAGCCUUUAGUUCCCUUUUCCAUUGGUCUAGGAAACGGUAUUCUCUUCAUUUUCGCCUAAAGACUCAUUGCUAACAAUGAGCCAUUGCGAUACGUAAGCAUCCCAUAAUGCAUUUUUAGACUGAAAUCAAUUUUGGUUAAUCCGUAGAAAAUUACUGCCAUUGUUUGGACCGUCGCCACGCUCGCAAAGGUCCAUUGUUAGCAAUGAGUCUUUAAAGGAAUCAUGUCCCGACGCAUUUCAAUGGCCAUUUAAAAUCCCACUGGUUAGACUAUACAAUAGACCUUUGUUACGGAGCCAAUCGGCUAAUCUUCAAGGUGUUUAGAAGAUGGUUCAAAGAGCCAUCUCGUCAUUUCUAUUUCUCAAGUAGAAGAUUAACCGAUUGACAUAGGCAGCAAACAGGGGAAGUGUAGGGGCAAUUCUACCCCCAAAACCAAAUAUAAUAGCCCCAUUCCCCGUCCACAAAUCCACUAGACGUGCUUACCCUGUCGUAGUUAUAGUAAAUGACACAUUCUAUAUGAAAGUUUUGAGGUCAGUUAAUCGAGCAGGUUCACAAAAAGCGCGUUUCAGGAAAGUUGCAAGAAAAAUUUGGGAAAGCCCGCCUUAAACUCGUCCUUGGAUCAACCUCCAUCUAAAUUCAAGAGGUUGAUUCUUCAUUGAAGAGAUGUUUUUGGAACUUUUAAUCCAGCAAUUUAGAUUUGACUGGCCCUUUAAAAGUUUUGACUUCAGGUUUCUUGAUACGGCGAAACCUCCAGACAAUGGGAACUGCCUACAACCGACAAACCAACGUUCACUGUAAUGAUACCUUGGAAUCCGACUGAAACCUCUCUAUAGUGAUUUUGGCGUUUUGUAUUGUCGCAGGUAUCAUUAAACUAUGUACUCUAGCAGUUUGAUUUUUAAGACAAUAGAAGAAACGAAGCAGCUGAUUCAUAAUAAUUAAUACUUACACAUAAA